UCUAAAAAUAUAAGCUAUUCUGUUGCAAUAACUCAUUGUCCUCCAAAAAUACAUGCGUACCUUACCUUAACUUAUCUCACGUCAUCACAUCAAAUUAUUUGACUCAAACGACAAAGACGCGUUAAAUUAAAUACUCCAAAACCAUAUAUUAUCUCAUUUUAUAUACACAAUAAAUACUAAUACCCGCCAUAUUUACUCUAACUCUUUUGUUUUUCUUUCUGUAACUCUUUCUUACUCUCUCUCUCUCUCUCUCUGUCAAAUGCAAAUGAAAAUCCAAAUGCAAAUGCAAAUGUGAUUACGAAUCGAUGUUCGUUCACAAUGCGUGAUUUAGGGUUUCAUGAACAACGUAGAUCCUGGAGGCGUGCCGGUUCAACACGACGUAAUGCCACCACCACUGCCACCGCCACCGCCGCCGGUGAUACAAGUCCUGACUCCGUCAUCUUCACUCUCGAAUCUAACGUCAGUCUUUUCUCCUCUGCCUCCGCCAGCGUCGAUCGCUGUUCCUUCGCUUCCGAUGCUCAUGACCAUGACUCUUUGAACUCCGAAAUCUCACUGGUAAAUCACUCACUGCAUUGCAUUGAAUCGAAUCGAAUCGCUCAGCAUUUGGCUGGGAACGGUGAUUUUGCUCCGAGUGAAAGCUGGAGCGGUCCAGAUCCGGAUCCGAGUCCGAAUCUGAAUCCAAGUAGACAGCACCAUGCAGUUGCAGAUACAGUACAGAAAAAGAAACUUCACGGAGAAAAAACAAAAGUUCAAAAGGAAGACAGUGACGUUGACACUGAAGACGGUAAUCAACUAUCGGAAUUUGAUUCUGCGAGAAACUCUUUCUCUCUAGCUCUCAAAGAAUGUCAAGAUCGUAGAUCGAGAUGUGAAGCUUUAUUUAAGAAGCAAGAUAGGCGAAGACCUGCUUCUUUAGAUCUGAAUAAUGCCAAUGCUAUUGGAACUGUUUCUUCUCCUCGUUUGGGAAUUGGAGCUAUGAAGAAGAGUACGCUUCCGUCUCGGAAAUCCGGCACCGGAACUGGCACUGGCACUUUUCCGAGUCCUGGAACUCCAAACUAUCGUCACUGUCAGGGUGGUGUUGCAAUGCAGAAGGGUUGGAGUUCUGAGAGAGUUCCUUCGAGUGGGGCCCGCAAGCAAGUUGGUAAUGGUGCGGCUGCAUUGUGUUUAAGCAAUGGGAGAACGUUGCCAUCUAAGUGGGAAGAUGCUGAGAGGUGGAUUUUGAGUCCUGUUUCGGGUGAUGCAGCUGGAAGGGCUUUGGUUCCACAGCCACUGAGGAGGCCAAAGUCGAAGAGUGGUCCUCUUGGCCCACCUGGUGUUGCAUAUUAUUCGUUGUAUUCACCUGCAGGUCCUUAUUUUGAUGGAGGAAGUUUUAUGUCAGCUUCACCUUUUUCUGCUGCCGUUAAUGCUUCAGCUGAUGGGUUUACAAAUAGUUCCGGAGGCAAUGGUGGAGUGCUUCCUGCACGAACAGAUCCUUGUAUGGCUCGCUCAGUUAGUGUACACGGCUGCUCUCAGAUGCAGGGCCAGUCGUCAAUUCCUGCCCGAGAAGAAAAGUUUGAUAGUUUCAAGGAUGCUGGCACCAAUGUAUCUCCUGCUGUUUCAAGGAGGGACAUGGCUACCCAGAUGAGCCCAGAGGGAAGUUCAUGCUCCUCUCCCAAUAGGAGGACUUCUUUCUCUGCUGCCACUCCCCCUGCCCUGCCUGUCACCGAGUUGCAGAAUGCCUCUCUCUCUAAAAUGGAUAUCAGGGAUGUGCAGGUAGAUGAACGUGUAACCAUGACAAGGUGGUCCAAGAAACACAGGGCCUUAUUCAUUGGUAGAGGUUCAGAGAGUGUUGACAGCUGGAAAAAGAAAGAAACAAGCACUCGAUCUGCAUCUUGGGAAAUUUCUGAAAGCUCAAAGACUAUUUCAAAGGCUAAAAGGGAGGAAGCAAAAAUCACUGCAUGGGAGAACUUGCAAAAGGCGAAAGCUGAGGCAGCAAUACGGAAACUUGAGAUGAAGUUAGAAAAGAAGCGAGCAUCUUCCAUGGACAAGAUUAUGAACAAACUGAGAUUCGCUCAGAAAAAGGCUCAGGAAAUGAGGGGUUCAGUUCUAGACAACCAGGCUCAUCAAGUUGCCAGAACUUCUCACAAGGUUAUGUCAUUUCGGAGAGCCAGCCAGAUGGGUUCUUUGAGCGGUUGUUUCACUUGUCACGCCUUUUAAGCUUCUCCAGCAUUAUUUUCUGUUCAAGUGAAACUGGAUUUGCACUAUUUACACCCUUGACUAUUUUUAUACAUUUGGAUUCAAGACUGUUACAUGCCUCACCAGGUUCCAGAAAUCAGAAGGAUUUAAAUCUGGACAUGCUACAAUUAAAGAUGGAUAGAGAGCGGCUUACUAUGUUGGCAUUAAAUUGGUGUCACUGUAGUUUUGCAAUGCAUGAGGUACGAGCACUUUAGCCGGUAGAAUCUAAACGCCUUGUAGCCUUGCCCUUCAGAGUUCGUAUUCAAUGAUAAAUAAUAUAUGUAUGUACCUAGGCCAAACUUUAGAAAUAAGCCUCUUUUUGUAUUUUUUUCCAUGUCUGGUUACUUGACAGUUUCCUGUUCAAUUGUAAUCUAUUAACAUGAAUGUUACCUAUAGUAGAAAGAAUGAUGAAUUAAUUACAACCUAUGCGAUUUAGCCUUUACUUAUUUAAA